AUGAUAAUGAUGAUAGUGGUAGUGGUGAUGGUCGUGGAGCUGCUGUGGCUGCUACUGUGGCUGAUAAUGAUGACGACGAAGACGACAGCACCUCAUAUAUGCUUCUACCAUACAGCAUCAGCAACUCUUAAUGACUUGCUGACCAUCAACAGAGCUAAGUUCAUUGACGAUACAGCUUACAAAAAGUGGAAAGAUAAAAUCGUCAUGAAAGAUGUUCCCGAUAAUGAUCUCGACAAUCCACUUGCACUAACAACAACAACAAAAUCAGCAGCAGCAACAACUGCAACAAUAUCAUUGUCGGGAAAUUGA